AUGAGGGUAGUAACUUCCACCCAGCCACCCUUUCUUCUUCUGACUCCUACUCCUCCUCCUCCUCCUCCUAUUUCUCCUCCACCUCUUCCAUCUCCUCCUCCUCCUCCUCCUCCUAUUUCUCCUCCACCUCUUCCUAUUUCCAAAAAAGCCUCAUCCUCUUUCGAUUUUGCCUUUCUCGCACGGAAGGAGAAAGAAUGUGAGAACCAUCGAGAAAAACUGGAAGAACUCCAGAAGCAAGCUGUGGACAAUGACUUCUACUGUGGGUACCUUGAAGAGAAGGUCAAGGCGCAUGAGGCUGAAAGAAAGAGGCUGUUCCAGGCGACGGCACAACUCGAGGAGAAAUUGCAAGUCUCACAGAGAGAAGUAUCAUCUGUUCUCGCACGAAAGGAUCUAGGCGAUCAGAAGAAAGUACAUAUCCAGGAAACCACAGUUCAGUCGCUUCCACAGGAGAAUGAAAAAAUUGAUGAGGAAUUAGAGGAACGAGAACCACCAGUUACCGUGGUACACAAUUCUAUGGCAAAUCAAAAGAAUAAGAAUGAUGCUCUGAUUGAAGAAAACAAGGUCAAAGGAAACAUGUUCUAUAAGCUAGGACGACUGGAAGAAGCAAGUGAAUGUUUCCUCAGAGUCUUGGAUAUGGACGACGAUCAAGUGGACUGCAGGCGAAGACUGGGAUUAUGUCUCUUGUUGCUUGGCAGACACAGCCAAGCUAUGACGCAGCUUGAGAAAUUAGCUGAUCAAGAAGAUUUGGUUGCAGCCGCCAGAACCUUGCAAAGAAUGCAACGUCAUGGCUGCCCAUACUACAUCCUAGGUAUUGCCGAGGAUGCUAAUUUGAAGGAAAUAAAGUGGGCCUACAAGAAGCGGACACUCAAGUUUAACCCUGAUAACUGCCAAGGGUCUAAAGACGAGCGACAACGCAGAAUGGAUAUCAUGCACAAGGUCAACUAUGCUAAUGAUCUCCUAUGUGAUACUGAUGAAAGAAGAAAAUACAAGGCAGUCAGGGAAUUCAUCAAGGACCUGGCAGAUAGUGUGUUUGAAGAUCCUCAGAAGACAAUGAAGGCAAAGAAGAAGAAAGCUGGAAGGACAACGAAGAGGAAGAAAACUAAAGGAAACUAG